AUGCUCAAGUUCAGUCACUGCGUGCUAGUCACACGCGUCGGCGGUUUCUAUGAGGCAAGCAUGCAGGUCCUGUACUUCGAGCAUGCUGACGAAUUUGCGCCCUUUCUGAAUAUCAAAAAGUCCAAGAGGAAGGUUUCGAAGGGUAGCAAGAAGCCCGCCGUCUCCAUGGCAGGCUUCCCUGCAUACCAACUUGACAGGUAUCUGAAGAUUCUCGUCCAAGACCUCAGCAAACAUGUCGCUAUUAGCGACGAGUAUCUCAAUGAUGCACCGACAAAGGCGAAGGGAGAACCACAGUACACCAGGCGAGUGUCGCGCAUCGUGACACCAGGUACUCUGAUCGAUGAACAUUUCAUGGACCCAUGGGAGAAUAACUAUCUCCUUAGCAUUUACGUCAAUCCCGAAGUACUUACGCAAGAAAAGGCUGUGAAGGAGAGUCCUGGCAGUUCGAGUGUCUCUUCUGUUCUCAACUUACCUCGUACGGAGGUCGGCCUGGCCUGGAUUGAUCUGUCAAGUGGCGACUUCCUCACCCAGAGCACAGACAUCGCGUCCUUGCCGUCUGCGGUAGCCCGUAUCAAACCCCGAGAAAUUGUACUAGACAGAAUCUUUCAAGAGCAGGAUCACUCGCGUAUCGUUUCGAUCAUGCAAGAAGACGGACAUGUCAUCACAUUUCAGGAACCCUCAGAAAAGCCGCUCACUAUCGACGACUGGAUACCGAUGUUGGAAGAUGUCGUGGAAGACUUCGACACGGCCAACUUCACUCCCGGCGAAGUCGCAGCAGGAGGCUCGUUGUUACAUUACGUCAAGCAUCAACUGCUAGGUUCACGGACACGACUGCGCGCGCCGGUACGACAUCAAGCCGAGGAGUACAUGAGCAUUGACAGGAACAGUUUGAGAGCGCUAGAGAUCCGAAACACAAUUCGCGAGGGUACUUACGAAGGAAGCUUGCUACAUGCACUCAAGAAGACGGUCACCAAAAGCGGUACCAGGCUGCUUACGGAGCGCUUGUGUAAGUAG